AGUAGAUUUUUUUUUAGAAAUUAAAGAAAUGGAAGAGAAGAAAAUUAUUUCACCAGGAUUUAGAUUUUAUCCAACAGAAGAAGAGUUAAUAUCUUUUUAUUUACAUAAAAAGCUUGAAGGAAAAAGGCCAGAGCUUGAUAGAGUAAUUCCAGUGGUUACUAUUUAUGAUCUUGAUCCUUGGCAACUUCCAAAUUUUCCUGGGGAAUUGUGCAUGGGAGACACAGAGCAAUGGUUUUUCUUUGUUCCAAGACAAGAAAGAGAAGCUAGAGGAGGAAGACCUUGUAGGACAACAACUUCUGGUUAUUGGAAAGCAACUGGUUCUCCAAGUUAUGUUUAUUCAGCAGAUAGUAAAGUUAUUGGAGUUAAAAAAAGUAUGGUAUUUUAUAAAGGAAAAGCACCAACUGGGAAAAAAACUAAGUGGAAAAUGAAUGAAUACAGAGCUAUUGAAGAAGAAAUUAAUUCAAACUCUUCAACUUCUUCUAUUCCAAAGUUGAGGCAUGAAAUGAGUUUAUGUCGAGUUUAUGUCAUAUCUGGAAGUUUUCGAGCAUUCGAUCGGAGACCAGUUGCACCAAUGAUAACAAGGGAACCAUCAAAAUCAACUAUAAAUCAAGGAGGAAUUUGUAUGGAAAAUGUUACUAAAAUGGAGGCAUUAAGUUCCCAUGAUGAAAGCUUGGCUAUGGAAGAACAAGAUUGUCUUAAUCUUCAUAAUGAUCAAAUCCCUAUUAUUAGUGAAGCUAUUAACAUCAACUCACACAACAACAAGAGGGUUAAAAGUGAUCUUCAUGAUCACGAGACUCUUAGUGUUUGGGAACAAUUUAGUUGGAUGUGAAAAUUGUACGGUACUCAAUACCUGCUUUGAGGCCUGACUAAGUUGAUUUGCAACCAAAGUUCAUUAACAAAUAAAAAAUCUAUUUAUUUUUUAAUCAAAGUAGAAGGGUCUUAUCUAUCCUAGCAUAACUAUUAAUAGUAAAAUUAAUUAUAAUUCAUCGUAGAAGGGUUACGAUAUGGAAAAAAAGGAGGAGGAAAUAUUAGGAUGAUUUCAUUGUGAAAUCAAAUAGUUACUCAUGUACUAUAUUGAUAACAAUAUUUUACUAUAACAUUUUUACUUUUUGUGGAA